UGGAAUCUUAAUCUGAUGGCGUUGGCUGGCACCUACUCCAUUGGUCGGAUCAACUUCCUUCGUCUUCCCCUCUUCGUCACUGCUGUUACUGCUCCUGCUCCUCAUUCUCAGAGCUCUCAAUUUCUCAGAGCCACCUGCCUCUUCUCUAGAAAACUGUCAACUGCCUUGGCCAUGGAUGGUUCAAAGAUAAGUGCAGUUGUUGAGGAAUUUCCAUCUGGGAUUGAUCCAGCAACUGAGGAAGAAUAUGUAGAACAGUCCAAAUUACUUGAAGAAUUCACAAAAAUUCCUAACUUUGAUAAGGCAUGGACGUUUAAGUCUGAUAGUGGAGACUCCGUGGUAACGUUUUCAAUUAGCCAAGCAAAUCUUCUAGCAAAUAAGAAGAGAAAAUAUACUUUGUCAGCUCACAUUUCCAAUGGAAAUGACGACAGUGAAGUAAACUUUAAAUGGACGCCAUUCCCUGUUGAAAUGAUUGGAGUCUCUACAAUAGUGCCAUCGCCAGCAGGCUCAAAAUUUCUUGCAGUUCGUAAUCCUGAAAAUGAUUCUCCAGUUCAAUUGGAAAUUUGGAGUGCAGGUCAACUUGAAAAGGAGUUUCACAUCCCCCAAUCUGUUCAUGGCUCAAUAUAUACUGAUGGAUGGUUCGAGGGAAUCUCUUGGAACUCAAAUGAAACUUACAUUGCUUAUAUUGCGGAGGAACCUUCUCCCUCCAAACCAACGUUUACUCUUUCUGGAUAUCAAAAAGGUUGCUCAACAGAUAAGGAUUCUACCAAUUGGAAAGGUCAAGGUGAUUUUAAGGAAGAAUGGGGGGAAGCUUAUGCAGGUAAAAGGCAGCCUGCUCUCUUUGUCAUCAAUAUUGACAGUGGAGAGGUAAAGCAUGUGAAAAUAAUUGAGCAUUCUUUGAGUUUGGGUCAAGUUGUAUGGGCUCCAUCUAUUGGCGAGCAUCAAUAUUUGGUUUUUGUUGGAUGGUCACCAGAGCCUCGAAAACUUGGUAUGAUCUACUGUUAUAAUCGGCCUUGUGCAUUAUAUGCAGUUAAGGCCCCGGAGUUUGGAUCAGAAGUCAAUGAACAUAAACUCAAAGAUGAAGCAAAAGAGGAUUUUCCCAUCUAUAAUCUAACUCAGAACAUAAGCAGUGCCUUCUCUCCUCGGUUCAGCCCAGAUGGAAAGUCACUUGUAUUUUUAUCUGCACACUCUUCUGUGAACACUGGCGCCCAUUGCGCAACAAAUUCUCUUCACAGAAUCGACUGGCCUAGAGAUGAGAAACUUAGUUUUAGUGAAAAUAUUGUUGAUGUGGUUCCUGUGGUGCACUGGGCCGAGGACGACCUCUUUCCUGGCCUCUAUUCACAUGGUUUGCUGGCUAAUCCAUGGUUUUCUGAUGGACACACUAUUAUUAUAACAACCAUAUGGCGUAGCAGGAGUGCAAUUGUCUCUAUAGAUAUCUUAAGCGGUGAAGUCUCAUGCGUCAGUCCUGACCACACAGACUAUUCUUGGAAUGUUCUUGCUCUAGAUGGAGACAACGUUAUUGCUGUUCGUAGCGGCCCAGUGACUAUUCCUGGACUCAAGUAUGGUUUUCUUAUUGAGACAGAAACUAAGGAUGUUGUAUGGAAUUGGGUCGAUGUAUUAAAUCCUAUGUUUAAUUGCUCUACGAAGGCUAGAACUCUACUCUCACAUAUCUUGUUCAGUAUAUUGAAGAUUCCAGUCAAGGAUGUUUCCAACUGCGUGACAAAAGGUGCUAGUGAACCUUUUGAAGCUAUCUUUGUAUCUCCGUUUUCCAAAGGUAAUGAGUUGAAACCACUUAUUGUUAACCUUCAUGGCGGUCCACAUUCUACAUCAACAUCAAGCUUCUCGAAGUCCUUGGCAUUUCUUGCUGCCGUAGGAUUCAAUCUUUUGAUUGUGAACUAUAGAGGUUCAUUGGGGUUCGGUGAGGACGCAUUGCAAUCUCUUCCUGGAAAAAUUGGGUCUCAGGAUGUCAAUGAUGUCCUUGCUGCAUUAGAUCACAUUAUCGACCAGGGACUUGCCAAUCCCGCUAAAGUUGCAGUUCUUGGCGGUUCUCAUGGAGGUUUUUUGACAACUCAUUUGAUUGGCCAGGCACCAGAUAGAUUUGUGGCAGCUGCUGCAAGGAAUCCUGUGUGUAACCUUGCUUUAAUGGUCGGCACAUCAGAUAUUCCUGAUUGGUGUUAUGUGGAAUGUUAUGGAAGGGAGGGAAAAAAUUACUUCACGGAAGCACCAUCUGCUGAGCACCUAAUCCACUUAUACAACAUGUCUCCUAUCCGACAUGUCUCAAAUGUUAAAACACCUACCAUUUUUCUUUUGGGUGCUAAGGAUCUUCGUGUUCCAUUUUCAAAUGGAUUGCAAUUUGCGCGAGCGUUGAAGGAGAAAGGAGUUGAUACGAAGGUCAUCAUGUUUCCAGAUGAUAAGCAUCCAAUUGACAGGCCGCAAUCGGAUUUUGAAAGCUUCCUCAACAUUUGUGUGUGGUUCAAGAAGUACCUCAAGUGAGUGGCAUUCCCUUUCUCAGCAUUUUAGCAUCAUUGUUCCCAUGCUUUGUACUUUGUUUUGUCACUCUCAACUGUACAACUGGUUCUGUGCACUCCUGUUCAUGUUAUUAAGCCACUCAUUCUCAAUUAAAUGACGCUUAUUAUUCCAA